UUGCACUGAGUGACUACUACUAACAAAAUGCAAUUAUUUUUAAAAAGGAUGUAGGGACACACGCGAGCGUAGCAGUUUCCAGGGGACGGUAUGCUCCGAUCAGGCACGUAGGUGCUUUAUCUAGUAGACCGUAAGUGCCAUAUCGACGAUGGGGACGACAUGGGGCUGAAUGGCCCCGUUUAAUAUUUUCGCUAUCGCGUUGCCGGGAGCGACGUGCUAUAAAUUGUUUAUAAUAGAGUUGAUAAUUGAUGCCCUCAUUCGGUACUUAUUUGAUUUUGUGAAACGUGAUUAAUAUUUCUCAUAAUAUAUGUCAAAUCUCGAAAAGAAAUGGUUCCUAGUCUACGAUAAUAUCUUUUACUUAUUGUUAGAUAAAUGUUCAGUAUUUUUAAUUUAAAUUGAUUGGAAACAUAAUAUAGGAAUAAAAAUUCUCGAAAAUUUUUGGAGUUUAUUAAGUGUACUUAUUAAAACGAUGUACAUUUAAUAAUUAAUACAAGAAUUAAUAGAAGCAGAUAACGAGAUUAGAGACACCGGCGCCACAAAGGUGAUCUUCUUCCAAUUCGACGCAAUUGAAUCGAUCUGCAAGAAGAAACUCCCCUGAUAUCGUGAGGGAGGAGUCGAAUUUGGCGCAGACGCGGCUUCGGCGAAAAGCAUACUCUUGUGUACACGAAUCUUGCUAAUAAUUCCGCCAGUACAUUCGCGAAGUUUGCCAGACGCGUUUCAUUCUGUUUCAUCGCACUCCAACAAUUUUAUUCUGUGCCUUUACUGCAGAUUUUGAAAAAUAAAUUUGAAUAAUUAUUAUCAUAAGAAUGCAUCUUUGUUAAAUUUUCCCGAGUUUGUUGCACUGCCAAUAUAAAAAAAAUUGCAAUAAAGUGAUUGCAGGUAAAGUUUAUAGAAUUAUUCAGAAGAGGAAGGUAGUGACUCUGCAAUGCCAAGACCAAGAUGAGAGUCGACAAGAAGAAGGACCCAAAGGCACGACUAACGUUAUACCAAUGUCAAAGACAACGAGAAGAAGUUUUGAAGCACUAUUUCAUUAAUUGCCAUCGAUGAAUCAAAAAUUUACUUCUCAUUUUUGUAAACAUGCUAGAGUAUUGGUGGAUGGCGAACAACGAAACUGGACGCAAUGGUAGCGACGACGUGGCGAUCGAAGAGGUGCUGCAGAAUCCAGGAUUAGUGAUCCUCUUUGUCGGCUAUCCACGGUGGCUAUUGUACUUCGCUGCCACCUGUUGUAUUAUCUUCAUGCUAAUCGGCAUCCCGGGAAAUCUCAUUACGGUGAUCGCAUUAUUUCGCACCAAAAAGCUAAAGAACGCCACCGCGGUUUUCAUCAUGAAUCUCUCGAUAUCAGAUUUGAUGUUCUGCUGCUUUAAUCUACCGCUCGCAACUUCCACAUUCUGGCACAGUUCAUGGUUGUACGGACCACUUCUCUGUCGAUUGUUUCCGCUCUUGAGAUACGGCCUCGUUGCAGUCAGCCUCUUCAGCGUUCUCGCAAUCACGAUCAAUCGCUACAUCAUGAUCGGCCAUCCCGGUCUCUACCCUACAUUGUAUAAAACGAGAUAUUUGAUACCAAUGGUCUUGACAAUAUGGAUCGUCGCUUUUGGUCUGCUGAUUGUCACAUGGUUCGAGAAAUUCGGACGUUUUGGUUUGGAUCCUGUUAUCGGAUCCUGCUCGAUCCUGCCGGAUAUAAACGGGCGGAGUCCAAAGGAAUUUCUCUUCUUUCUCGCAUUUCUAAUACCCUGCCUCGCUAUUAUCGUUUGCUACGCUAGGAUUUUCUAUAUCGUUCGUGAAACUGCUUCAAAGAGCAGGGGCAGAGAUAAGACCAAUGUGGAACCUACGGAAACCAGCCAUGAUCAACAGUCCAUGAAGAACCAGGAGCAAGAGCUGUCUGUUCUUUGCGACCCCUCCUUAUCGAUGCGAGCAAUUUUUCUCAAUCCAGACGAAGAAAUGGACCUCGAGCCAUCGACAUCUGUUAACGAAGAUUCUUCCUGCUCUAAGCAGUCGAUCCACGAUCGACAAAAAACAGAUUGCACGCCUAAAUCGCAUGUAGACAAUCCAACGACGGUUAUCAGCCUCGAUCCAAACUUUAACAGCGACUACAACGCUCUUCACGUUGGCGCAUCGGAGGACGUAUCGUUCGUGGAUGAUUGCGAGAAAUCGGAUCUCACGGAAAUGAAACUGUUUCUGAAUAGAAAUCAGAACGAAUUGCAGCGAAAGUCGUUGAGAAACUCUUGCGGACGGCUGGAGAGACUGACCAGCCGAGCAUCCUUCAUCGUGGAAUCGUCGCUGGCGCGACUCGCCAGCGGCGAUCGUUCGGAUCUACCGGAAAUCCUCGUGGAUUCGAGAUCGGACUCGCCCGCAAAGAAGACAUUUCGCAGGGAGUCAAAGUUCAAGAGCGUUGGCAGGAUCCGCAACGGCGAACUCGUCGUCACACCCAGGAUGUCCGCCAAGGAUCGGAAGCUGCUGCAAAUGAUCCUUGUGAUAUUCGUGUCGUUCCUGGUUUGCUACCUACCGAUCACCGUCACAAAGCUCUUUCCUGGCGCAAUCGACUGGCGGGGUCUCAACAUUGCUGGCUACAUACUCAUCUAUUUGACAACCUGCAUCAAUCCCGUCAUCUACGUCGUGAUGAGUUCCGAGUACAGAAGCGCGUAUAAAUAUGUCUUGCUGUGUAAGGGUGAGCAGAUGGCGAGCAAGAGGAGACUGCCGGGUUUGCUGAUGCUCAGUUGAACUCGUAAAUUAUAUAAGUAACGGUAAACAUAAUAGAUAAAUAAUGUGUAUAAUUUAUGUUUGUUAUAUUAUCUGUAUGGUCAAAACACUUAGAAAACUCAGAUUGUUGGCGUUCAUCAAUGUUUCUCUUCUCGUAAUCAUGAAGUAUUAUAAUAUCAUCUUCGAGGAUAGCUAAUCGCUCUUUCAAAUAGUUAAAAUUAUCAACUUAUUAUUAACACAAAGAAUAUAGAUUUCUAACGUAGUUAAAUCAAUAAAAAUAAUUUUAUUGAUUUUGACAUACAAAUUAAAUAUAAAGUAGUAAGGAUAUAAUUUAUAAUUAAAUAUAAAGUAGUAAAGAAUUUAUUUCAUUGAUGGCGUUUCUCUCUUCUCGCCAUUUCUAUUCGCUUUGCGUGUAGUUAGAUGACAGUGAUUAUUAUUAAUAUUUUUGCACCGGAUAUCUACUAACUAAAAAAUGUAAUUAUAUCUAAAUGAUUUCUUUACAUUAAAAAUGUUUAUAAUUUCUUGUAUAUCUCCUGUCAGCGGUACUAAGCCUUCUAAUUUUUGCAGAUUUUUAUUGAACCGUAAUAUAGUAUUAAAUUAUUGUUAAAAACCAAAAUUUAUAAAUUACGUUUAAAAAUUUUAAUAUUGCAUAUUUUAUACAAAUUUCUUAAUAUAUUAAAUAAAAUUGACGUUUUUCUUUAGCAAGAACCGCGAAUCAUAGGUUAAGAACCGUUGAUUUUUUUUGUAUUAUACAUAUAAGUGCAUC